UUAGGUCCUUGACAACUGAGUCCCUUCCAGUAUGUCCUCAUACCUCUUGCUUUUACUCAUUAUCGCCCUUUCAAAAGGAGAUGAAAACUUGGAAGACUGUCAGCCAAAGCUAGCAGAUCGCUGUUUUGAGCAUUUCAACUUAACGAAUCUCCUAUGUUAUAAUGAUAAAAAUUGUGAAUUUAACCCAAACACAAUUUGCGACACAUUAGAGGAUGAAAUGGACUGUGCACAGGAUAUAAUAGAUACAGAUUGCCAAACAGAGGGAAGAAAUAAUUUUGACCGGUGGAUUAAUGCCAUUUUAGCUGUUCACACAUUUGUUUGCAAAUACAAAAACAAUAAAGAGUCAAUGAAGGCACUGCUGACUGAAGAAGAAAAUGGUGGAAGAUGUUGGGAUGUUAAUGUAUUUUUACAAUGUGUUGAAGAAAAAACAAGAGUUACCCAUAUCGUAGAUAUGUUGCAAGUGAUGGUUGACAUAAAUGAAUGCAACUGGAUUUUAAUAGCACUAACUACAUGUAAUAUGCAAGCAGAAAGAUGUAAAGGACGUAAAGAUUUUCUAUCAGAAAUAUUUCACAUCUUCAUAGAGCAAAUUAAAUGCACAGUUUAUUGUUCAAGUAGCUCAAAAAUAUUUAGUAUCCAAACAAAUAUAUUAGUUUUUGUUCUAUGUAUAAUACAAUAUAUUCUUAUACUUAAAUAAUUAUGAGUUUUUAAAAAUUACUUGUUUUUAAAUUUGAACUAAAUAUAAACUGAAAAAGCCUUAUA